AGAAUCUUGAAAUUAUUAAAAGACAAGCAACAAUAGGAAAUCUUUAUAGUACUAGGCCGUUAAUUAUUGAAACCAAAGCUGAUUCAAAUUGAGAAUAAAAAUUAACAUCAACCUUGGCAUGUACAAAUGGAGCGUAUCGAGAAGUUAUAAUUGCUCUACGUAGAAAGGAGCGCAACAAGCAGCGAAGUGUUUCAAGAUAAUUGGCGAAUUACUGAAGAAAUUGACCAAAAUGGCUAUGCGAAAUUUGACGGAACCGUUCAUUUUAAUGCGAAAUAAUGCUUUACAAAGCAAACAUAUAUACGCUGAACAAAAUUUAUCUGACCGAACGGCAUUAGUCGCUUCGAGUUCUGGUGCUUCGGACAACGUCGAACUGAGAAAUGUUAAUUUGGAAAGCAAUGUACCCCCUGUGUGGACAGAUGCCUUGGAAGAAACACAAUAUAUUUUAAGUAGAUUACGCGUAAAAAUAGACAGCUUAGUAGAGUUACAUGCUAAACAAUUAACUAGGCCAACAUUAGAUGACACGUCGCAGGAAGAGAGACAAAUGGAACAACUGACACGAGAAAUAGGACGUGCAUUUUCUAGUGGUUAUCAUCAAGUACAAACGAUAAAAGCUGCAACAAGGCAUGCUAAUGGACCGACGGAACGUCAAUUAGCUAUGAGCGCGGUAAUGGCACUUUCGACAGCUUUGCAAGAGCUAGGUCUUCGAUACAGAUCGGCUCAAAAUCACUAUUUAACACAGGUGAAAUCAAGGGAAGAAAGAAGUAAUCAGUUUUUUACGGAAGAUCAAUCAAUAUUUUUAAAUAACACUAUGACAGAUACAUGGCUGUUAGAGUCGAAUGAAACAAAUUCAGAUUCUUGGAAUAACAGUCAACAACAACAGCAAGAUUCUGUACUUUUACAAUUGGAAGAUUCGGAUGACAGAAUAAAAUUAGCUGUUGAAAGAGAAGAACAGAUUGGUAACAUAGUUCAGAGUAUAGCAGACCUCAGGCAUAUAUUCAAAGAUUUAGCGAGUAUGGUACAGGAUCAAGGCACUAUCUUGGAUAGAAUUGAUUAUACCGUCGAACAAACACAGAUACAAGUACAGGAAGGUUAUAAACAAUUGAAAAAGGCAGAUUCUUAUCAAAGAGCUAAUAAAAAAUUGUAUUGCAUAGUUAUGCUUGCAAGCGCUAUUAUUCUAGUCAGUUUUCUUUUUAUCGUAUUUAAAACAUGAAAUAGAAUUUCUAUAUUAAUUUGCAUGAUUGAAUUUUAAUAUAUGAAUUUGUUUUGGAUUAUACUUUUGUAAAAAAUAAAAAAAGAACAUGUGUAGAUAAUAUAUAAUUUGCGCGAAAAAUAUUUUUCGAUAAAAUAUUUGAAAAUUUGAAAUUUUAGGUAAACAGCGAAAUGGAAUAUAAUUAAGCAAGUACAUAUUAUUUUCGUGAGUUCAUCAAUUACUCCUAUUUCAUGUUCGAAAUCAUUCCAUAAUACUGAAUUAUUUGUGAUAUCAUUUAUUGCAUACAUUAUUACAUGUGACGGAUGUUAAAAUUCAUGUAUAAUAUAAAUGUAAGUAUUUAUAAUCAUCGAUAAUUUGCAUUUCUAACAUAUAUUUACGUUAAAAAAUACAGUAAAUUUUUGAUAAGAGAAACAACAAUGUUGAAAGAAAUAGAAAUUAAAUGUGUUCACAAAUAAAAUGGACCGUAUAAAGAUAUUAAAAAUCACUCGUCAAAUUAUCGCCUUUCGAUUAAUUUUUUGUUUUAGUAGUCUAGUACGGCCUGAUAAAAAUAUCAAAGACAAAACUUUUUUAUUCUCCUGUAUCUAAUGUAUAUCGCAGUUGGGUUUUUUCCUUUUUUAAAUAAACAAAUGCAUCGAACACAUGUUGUAAUUAUAAUGUGAUUGACUUAAAUGUUAUAUAAAUAAACAUCUUUUGAAAUAGUUUAUAUAGUAGACAUCAAGAUAAAUAAUAACAUUAGUUAACAAUAUUGAAUUUUUAUUCUGAAGAACACUAAAUAAAGUUUCCUCGAAUAUUGCACCUUUUUUUUAUCACAGACUGAGCAUAUAUUUUAUAUAUACGUUAUUUAUCUAAUUGCAAUUUCUAGUGCAUAUAUAUAUUGAAUUUUUAAAAAAAUAUUACCAUUAUGAGAAUAUGAACAAUUUUCUCGUACAUCUGCGCACAACGGCGUGCUUAUAAAGGUAAUUAUACAAGUAGUAGUAUCACAUACCCUUUGUUUAUGUUACAUGGUAUGUGCGUACUCGUGAACAUAGCAAGUUAUGUGUUACAUAAACUCCGAGUAUGAUGUAAUUAUUUAUUCAAUUUUACAAAAAUCUUACGUUCUACAAAUUAGAAACGAUUAAUCAACGAAGGAUACAAAUUGAUAAAAUACGUGUACUUGUAACAUUUAUUAAAUUGAUAAAAUUGAAUCUAUGGAAUACCUAUGAAAAAGUAGCGUAACGUUUAAUAUGUGAUUCGAAACAUAGCAGGAUAUUGUAAUAAAAACUUUUAUUCUAAUAAAUGGAAUGCACUAAAUGCUGUUGUUAAAAUCGUAUGAAUUUUAUUGUAUUAUCUGUAUGAUUGGAGUCUCCUCGAUUCGUGAUAAAAAUUUUUGUACAGUUGUAUAAGUUUUCUUAUAAGUUUAGUAUUUUUGUAAAUUAAAGGACAAACGCGGGUCAAACGAUGAACAAUUCGAGUUUAUCAUUUACGU